AUGUUAUUUUGUCCAACAUGCGCAAAUAUUCUUAUGGUCGAAGAGGGCCCAGAAUCAAUUUUAAGAUAUGCUUGUAACACCUGCCCUUAUAUUUACAAUAUAAAGAAAAAAAUUUCAUCUAAAACCUUUCCUAAACUAAAGGAACUUGACUAUAUUAUGGGAGGGGCUGCUGCAUGGGAGAAUGUAGAUUCAACUGAUGCAGUUUGUCCGAAGUGUGGUCAUAGUAAAGCAUUUUUCAUGCAACUUCAAACUAGGUCUGCAGAUGAACCAAUGACUACCUUUUAUAGAUGUUGUGAUCAUAAAUGUGCCCACAACUGGAGAGACUAA